GUGUUGUGUUGUGACGCGUCGGAGUCCUCUGUAUAUUUUCAUGUAGGUUCAUUUUCAAAUAUGGACGACUUAAUUGAAAUUGUACGACAAUAUAAGGUGAUUUAUGAUACAAAAUGCAAACAAUAUAAAGAUAAUUCUAUUAGGACAGCUGUUUGGGAGGAGAUAGGAGAAAAAUUAAAACAACCUCCGGAAAAAUGCAAAGAUGAUUGGAAUAAAUUACGAAAUGCAUAUAUUAACGCAUUAAAGCGUCGUAAAAAUAAAAAAAGUGGGCAAGCCGCUGUUCUUGUUACGCCGUGGAAAUAUGAAGAACAAAUGAGUUUUUUACAGCCAUUUAUAAAAUCAAGACCAUCAACAACAAAUAUUAUAUCGUCUCCAGAGUCAACAGAAUGUUUCGAACCAUUAAAUUUGCUUCAAAAUUCACCAGAACCCCAAAGCCCUCAAAGUUAUCAAUCAGAACACUGUCUAGAGACACCACAUUCUGGAACGUCUUCACAUGCCGAAAGAUCUAGUCGAAUGAAAACAAAUUUACAGGAUCUAUAUGAUUUGAUGAAGUCUUCACACGAUUUAAGAUUCCACAAACAUUUUUCCAAACAGCAGGACAUGGAUGAAACAGACUUGUUUUUUUUGAGCAUGAGUAAAGCUCUUAAAAGUCUUCCUAAACUAGAUCAGACAAAAAUCAAGUUAGAUUUGCACACUGCUAUAUCACAAGCCGAAAUACGUAACCUUCAUAGAAAAGAACAUAUGAUAAUCUCCAAAGAAAAGAACAUGAUUACACCAAUGACCAUGACUCACCGGAUUAUUUCUUAGCCGUAACAAAAACUCCAGCCGGGUGGCGUUCAAUCUUCCACAUCACAAAUGGUGUAAUCGGUAUUUCAUAAUUUUGAGGAAGGAAAUAUCAAUAUGACCUUUACUGAUGUUAAUAGAUUAUUUUUGCCUUCAAAAUAUUGUAAUAAAAAGAUACAAAAUAAAAAUGCUUACCUUAAACAUACCGCAAGUUUUUCUCUUGUUCCUUUAGGUUUACGAA